CGAUUUCCCCAGGGGCCCGGGAAGCCAAGCCGCCCCGCUUCCGCCUCCGCACGCCCUUCCUGCCGCCAGGCACUCACGUGUGCUCCAGGGCCGAGGACGGCGCGCCUACCCUGUACGCACCCUCGACCACCUUCAGGUGUCUCUGAACCACCACCAGCCUUGGCCUGAUGAAGUGGUGACCCUCCCCGCUAUGCUCCAGCACCAUGUGGCCCAAUGCCAGUUCCCUGGGGCCCUGUUUCCGGCCUAUGAACAUCACACGGGAGGAGCGGCGCCUGAUUGCCUCCCCAUGGUUCGCAGCUUCCUUCUGCCUGGUGGGCCUGGCCUCCAACCUGCUGGCGCUGAGCGUGCUGAUGGGCGCACGGCAGGGCAGCUCCCAGUCUAGAUCUUCCUUCCUGACCUUCCUCUGCGGCCUGGUCCUCACUGACUUCAUGGGGCUGCUGGUCACCGGCGCCAUCGUGGUGACCCAGCACUUCGUCCUCUUUGAAUGGCAGACCGUGGACCCUGGCUGCAGCCUUUGCCACUUCAUGGGCGUCAUCAUGGUCUUUUUCGGCCUGUGUCCGCUGCUGCUGGGGGCCGCCAUGGCCUCGGAGCGCUUCCUGGGCAUCACCCGGCCCUUCUCAAGGCCCGCGACUGCCUCACAGCGCCGAGCCUGGACCACAGUGGGGCUGGUGUGGGCCUCUGCGCUGGCGCUGGGCCUGCUGCCCCUUCUGGGCGUGGGCCACUACACCGUGCAGUACCCCGGCUCCUGGUGCUUCCUCACACUCGGCACCGACCCGGGGGAUGUGGCCUUCGGCCUGCUCUUCGCACUCCUCGGCAGCGUCUCGGUGGGGAUGUCCUUCCUGCUCAACACCAUCAGUGUGGCCACCCUAUGCCACGUCUACCAUGGGCAGGCGACCGCCCAGCAGCGCCCAAGGGACUGCGAGGUGGAGAUGAUGGUGCAGCUCAUGGGCAUUAUGGUGGUGGCCAGCAUUUGCUGGAUGCCACUGCUGGUCUUCAUCGCCCAGACGGUGCUGCAGAGCCCGCCCGCCAUGAGCCCGAUUGGGCAGCUGUCCCGCCCCACGGAGCGGCAGCUGCUCAUCUACCUGCGAGUGGCCACCUGGAACCAGAUCCUCGACCCCUGGGUGUACAUCCUGUUUCGCCGGGCAGUGAUCCAGCGCUUCUAUCCUCGCCUGAGCACCCGGUCCAGGUCACUGUCCCUGCAGCCCCAGUUCACCCGCAGGUCAACGAUACACUAGGUCCUAGGCUGGACAUAGUGGCAGCUCUGGAAGGACAGAGCACCCUGCCAGAAUGUCCCUCACCAGACCUUUAUCCUCCCUGUCGGUCGCAUCUGUCUGUCCUGAUGCCCAGGAGCCAAGAGUGCAGCAUAGACAGAGGGUUUGAACAACAAAAUUGUGUGCUAUCUUCCAUCAGCCCCAGGGACCCCCCCCCCAAGUCUUCCCUGACUCCCCUUUCCAAAGCCCUUCCCCUCUCUCAGCCCCUACUUUGAGUCCCCUCCCAACUCCAGAAAGGGUGUGACGGUGCUGGGCAGGUAUCUGGAGGAAAUCAGACUUGUAAGCCUCCCCUUGUAGAAAUCCUCCAGAAAUAGGUGGCUCUGACCCCUGAAUCUGACCUGCUUACUGGGGUAUGGUUGAUUCCCUUUGACAGCCCAAUUUGAGAAGGCUCUGUCUAGAAAAAUUGAAUGCCAACAGACCCCCUCUCUUGCCAAAAUAUAAUCUCCACCUCGGCUUUA